AUAAGGAAUGUUUGAGAACACUCUGUUUUUGUUAUUUUUAUGAACGUUUCUGUCGUCAAGCUUAUUUUAUCAAAUAAUUAAAAUAUCUAAAUUUCAUCGUUGAAAUUAAACCCAUUAAUAUGGUUCUGCUUGGCGAAACUUUCCCAAACUUUACAGCAAACUCUGACAUCGGUCCAAUUGAAUUCCACGAUUGGAUAGGCGACUCGUGGGCAAUACUAUUUUCUCAUCCGAAUGACUUUACUCCGGUUUGCACAACUGAAUUGGCCCGAGUAGCAAAACUGAUACCAGCUUUUGCAAAGCGUGGCGUUAAAGUUAUCGCAUUAUCCUGCAAUUCUGUUGAUUCCCACAUCCAAUGGAUCAAGGAUAUUAGAGCCUAUGGCAAUAUAACAGGGGAGGUAUUUCCAUACCCGAUAAUAGAGGAUGAAAAUCGCGAGAUCUCAUUGUCUCUGGGGAUGCUGGAUCCAGAUGAACGAGAUAGUCAGGGUUUACCCUUGUCUGCCAGAUCUGUCUUCAUAAUUGAUCCCAAGAAGAAAAUGAGACUAUCAAUUCUCUACCCAGCUACAACUGGAAGGAAUUUUGAUGAAAUACUCAGAGUCAUUGAUUCCCUACAACUGACAGAUAAACAUAAGGUGGCAACUCCUGUUGAUUGGAGGAAUGGCGAUGAUGUUAUGAUACAACCCUCCGUAACUGACGAACAAGCCAAGUCCAUGUUUGGCGAGAACAUCAAAGUCACAAAUCUGCCUUCUGGGAAACCUUAUCUUCGAAGCAUCCUACAGCCUACCGAUACUUAAAUUACCUGAAAAAUAUGACCAUAAAUAUCACUCCAUAAUGUUAACAUGAAAACAAUCUGAAACUAUGUAUAUCCUGGAAUAAAAUAUAGGCAACAAAAUA